AUGCCGUCUCGCAUUAUUGUCGUCACUGGCGCCACGGGCAACCAGGGCACAGGCGUUGUCCUAGCUCUACUAGCCUCCGAUAAGAACUAUCACGUCCGCGCCUUAACGCGCGAUGUGAACUCAUCUCGGGCCAAAAACCUUCUAGAUGAGUGCUCUGGAAAGGCCGAGCCCAACCGUCUCAACCUUGUCUCGGGUCACGCUUAUGACCAGAGCAGCCUACGUUCGGCGUUUGCUGGUGCUUAUGGUGUUUUCGCCGUCACCUCCGAGAUCUAUCAUGGCAAGGUCUUGGUUGCGGAGGCGGAAAUGGCCCACGAGAUCGAGGCGGGCCGCAACAUGGUCCUGGCAGCCAAAGAAUCUGGCGUCAAGCACUUUGUCUUCAGCAGCCUGCCUAGCAUGGAUGAGGUUACCCGCGGGCAAUUUCUCGGUAUUCAUCAUAUGAACAACAAGCAUGCUGUUGAAAUGAUCGCAAAAGAGCAUUUGAGCGGCUUGACUUGUCUUAUUCCUGGUUUCUUUUACACAAAUUUAAGAUGGCCUCAGUACACUCGUCGCCGCUCGGACGGGGUGGUUGAGUUCCGCACGCCCAUUCCCAGCAGACAGGUCGCGCAGUGGACCGACCCAAGUUACGACAUGGGAAGCUUUGCAGCACGGGUCUUCGAUCUGGGCUUCGACGUGACUGCAGGCAAGACGUAUCUCGUCAUGAGCCCCCUCAUUACCCCCGAAGAAAUGGCUCAGACAUUCACAAGGGUCACAGGGCAGCCUGCUGUUCAUGAUCCCAUCAGCCCUGAAAAGUUUGGCGAGAUGACAGCCCCGUUCGUUGGCCCAGCCUUUAAAUUGGAUGCACAGAAGAUGAUGGAAUGGGCUUCUAUAACGCCAGUGAACAAGGUUUGCUUCGGAGCCAUGGACCCUUCGAAGAUGAACGAUACGUUUGAGGAGCUAGGGAUCAGGGCCACUUCCUUCGAAGAUUGGCUUAGGCGUAGUGCGUGGAAGGGACCUGAGUGA